CUGCGUGAAUAUGUAUGAGUCUGAACCAGAUUCUGUCUGACUCAACACAUGUAUGGAUCAGAAAAUUGCCUUGGAGUAACUGUGGAAUGCUGCUUAUCCAGUUUCCAGAUGACCACUAGCACAGAUAAGACUUCCUCAGGCAACUUCAAGGAUGGAGUGAUGAUGGGAUGGAUGUGAAUAUGGGCCAGUGGGCAGGCAUGCGAGCCCCUCUUCUCAGCCUGGCCCUGCUGCUGAUAUUGCUGUUCUUCAAGUCACCACUCUGCUGUGGCCAGAACACCCAGGGGGCCCCUCAAGGUGGACCUCUCUUUGGCUUCACUCGGGUUGUUUAUCACGCCACUGUUUAUGAAAACUCAGCAGCACGCACCUAUGCCAACAGUAAAGUUAAAAUGGGCAUCCACCUGGCCCAGCGCUCCUGGGACAUCCGCUACAGAAUCACCUCAGGUGAUGAUGAGGGAUUUUUCAAGGCAGAGGAGUAUGUACUGGGGGAUUUCUGCUUCUUGCGAAUAAGAACUAAAGGUGGCAAUGCAGCCAUCUUGAACCGAGAGAUUCAGGAUAAUUAUGUAUUGACAGUGAAAGCCUCUAUCAAGGGAGAGGCCCUCCUGGAGACCUGGACUAAAGUCAGCAUCCAGGUCUUGGAUAUGAAUGACCUGAGACCCUUGUUUUCACCCACCACUUAUUCCAUCACCAUAGCAGAGAGCACCCCUCUCAGGACUAGCAUAGCACAAGUUACCGCCACAGAUGCAGAUAUUGGCUCCAAUGGAGAGUUUUACUAUUUCUUCAAGGAAAAAAUGGAGCUAUUUGCAGUACACCCAACCAGUGGGGUGGUUUCUCUCAGUGGAAAGCUUAAUGUUGAUGAGCAGAACCGGUAUGAUUUAGAAAUCCUCGCGGUGGACCGUGGCAUGAAGCUCUAUGGAAAUAAUGGGGUCAGCAGCACAGCCAAGCUUUUUGUCCAUGUAGAGCGUGUGAAUGAGCAUGCCCCAGUCAUGAAUGUGAUCACCCACAGCCCCUCGUGGCUUGACAAAGACCCUGUGUAUGCCAUGAUCACUGUUGAAGACUUAGAUGAAGGCUUAAACAGAGAGAUAGACUCCGUGGUCAUUGUGGGUGGAGAUCCCUCAGAGCAGUUUUUCAUAGAAAGAUCUGAGGUAGGCGAGUUUGCCAUAAAGGCUUCAGAGUCAAUAAACUGGGAAACUUACCCAUAUGGCUGUAACCUCACUCUGCAGGCUAAAGACAGGGGAACCCCACAGAAGUUCUCUCCUGUCAAGGUUGUCCACAUUAUGGUCAAGAAACAGCAGACAGUGAAAGCUAAGUUUGACAGGGAGUUGUAUGAAAUUACUCUGAAUGAAAUUUCACCACCAGGCACGAUUGUAGAAGCUGUUAAAAUCAAUCCAGAGCCUGAUGAUGCAGAAUAUAUCCUGGCACCUUCUGCAGAUUCAGCUUUUUUUCAAAUUAACACCCUAACAGGUGUCAUUUCCACCGCCCGCUGGUUCUUGCAGGUGACCCAGGAUGUCUUUAAUCUUGAGGUACUGGAAGUUGAUAGUGAAAUCAAAGUUACUGUGCGAGUAACCAUCGAGGAUGCCAAUGACAACACACCAACAUUUGCUCAGUCCACUUAUGAGGUUUUUGUCAAUGAGAGUGUACCAGUUGACACCAGUGUCUUAACAGUUUCUGCAGUGGAUGAAGAUAAAGGAGAAAAUGGAUACAUCACUUACAGCAUUUCCAGCCUUCAGCCAUUACCCUUUAAAAUCAAUCAGUUUUCUGGUGUUAUCAGCACCACUAAAGAGCUGGACUUUGAAUCCUCAUCAGAGAGCUUUGUGUUUAUUGUUAGAGCAUCUGACUGGGGGUCACCUUACAGACGAGAGAGUGAAGUCAAUGUAACAAUUCAUCUGGAAAAUGUAAAUGAUAACCACCCAUUGUUUGAGAAGGUGGCAUGCCAAGGGGUGAUCUCUAGGGAUUUCCCUGUGGAUGAAAUAAUUACCACAAUGUCAGCGAUUGAUAUAGAUGAGUUAGAGCUGGUGAAAUAUAAGAUAAUUUCAGGAAAUGAAUGGGGGUACUUCGACCUGAACCCAGAUUCAGGGGUCCUUGCAUUGAGACGUUCCCUUGCCACAGCCAGUCCAAAGAACGGUCUCUUUACUCUCAAAAUAACUGCCACAGAUGGAGAGAACUUUUCCGAUCCUAUGUUUGUUAACAUCUCAGUUGUUCAAGGGAAAUCUCCUCCCAAAAGUUUCAACUGUAAAGAGACAAGGGUAGCCCAAAGGUUAGCUGAAAAGUUACUCAAAAAGUCCAAAGGUAGCACCAAGCCCAAAACUGAGGAAGGUUUUAUUGACCUUUUUUCUGUCAAUCGGCAAAUGCCCCAGUUUGACAAAGCUUUUCCCACAGAUAUUGCUGUACGAGAAGACCUAAAGGUUGGUGCAAGUGUUUUCAAGGUGAAUGCAUAUGAUGGUGAUACAGGUUUCAAUGGUCAGAUUCUAUACUCUAUUUCAGAUGGAAACACUGACAAUUGUUUUACAAUUGACAUGGAGACUGGCCUUAUCAGUGUCUUCCUGCCCAUGGACAGAGAAAAGAGAGAUCACUAUCUCCUCAACCUAACUAUCUAUGACCUUGGCUUGCCACAGAAAACUGCCUGGCGUUUGCUUGCUGUCUACAUAGAGGAUGCUAAUGAUAAUGCACCCCAGUUUUUGCAAGAAGGAGGGUAUAGAAUUGUCAUACCUGAAAACACUGCCAUAGCUACAGAUGUCAUCCAGGUUGAGGCCACUGACAAAGAUCUUGGACCCAAUGGGGAGAUUGUGUAUUCUCUUUUGACCAGCAGCACCCAGUUUGGUAUCAACUCUACUAAUGGGAUAGUGUAUGUUGCUGGCCAGCUAGACAGAGAAUUUAUUUCUACAUUUAACCUGAAGAUUGAAGCUCGGGACAAGGCAGAGAAAGGGAGCCAAAGGUUUUCUGUGACCACAUUGAAAAUCAUAUUGGAGGAUGUGAAUGACUGCCCACCACUAUUUAUCCCCAGUGUGUACAAAGCCAGGGCUCUGGAGGAUCUUCCAGUAGGAACAGUUGUGGCCUGGUUAGAAACCCAAGAUCCAGAUAUGGGGUUGGGAGGCCAGGUAAGGUACUCCUUAGCCAAUGACUAUAAUGGAUGGUUUGAGGUAGACAAGGCCAGUGGGGCUAUUCGGCUGACAAAGGAGCUGGACUAUGAGACCCGGCAGUUCUACAACCUCACUGUGAAGGCCAAAGACAAAGGAAGGCCCGUUUCCCUUCUCUCUGUUACAUUUGUAGAGGUGGAGGUUGUAGAUGUGAACGAAAACCUCUAUGCCCCAUAUUUUUCCCAUUUUGCCUUGUCAGGAUUAAUUAAAGAGAAUGCCCGGAUUGGAACUACUAUACUUCAGGUCACUGCUAAUGAUGAUGAUGCUGGCAGAGAUGGAGAAAUCCAGUAUUCCAUUCGUGAUGGGAGUGGGCUUGGCCGAUUUGCUGUUGAUGAAGAGACAGGGGUGAUCUACACCACUGAUAUGUUGGACCGUGAGACCAAGGACUCCUAUUGGCUAACAGUAUAUGCCAGUGAUCAUGGUGUGGUUCCUCAGUUCGCCACCAUCGAGGUGUUUGUCCAGGUGGAGGAUGUUAAUGACAAUGCCCCGCUGACCUCAGAACCGAUGUACCAGCCUUCAGUGCCUGAGAACUCUCCACGGGAUGUUUCUGUGAUUCAAAUACAUGCCCAGGAUCCUGAUGCCAUAGCCUCCACCACCGCUGACAGGCUCACCUACCGCAUAGUCAGCGGAAACCCGCAGAACUUCUUCACCAUCAACACCCGCACUGGUCUGAUCACCACAACUACCAGAAAGCUGGACCGUGAACAACAAACAGAACAUGUUUUAGAGGUGCUGGUGUCAGACGGUGGUCCAGGUCCGAGGCAGAGUACAGUGUGGGUGAUGGUUCAGGUCCUGGAUGAAAAUGACAACAAGCCCAUAUUUCCUGAGAAGGUUUAUCAGGUCAAACUCCAAGAGAGAGAGCGCAGGAAGAAGGGCGAGCCCAUCUAUCGGGUGUUUGCCUAUGACCGUGAUGAUGGGCCCAACAGUGACCUCUCCUACAGCAUUGUGGAUGGCAAUGAGGACGGGAAGUUCUUCAUUGACCCUAAGACUGCAGUGGUAUCAUCGCGCAAGGCCUUCACUGCUGGGAGCUAUGACAUCCUGACCAUCAAAGCAACAGACAACGGGCGUCCUCAAAAGUCCUCCACAGCUCGCCUGCACAUUGAAUGGAUCCGUCGACAUCCUCCCUCAGUGUUCUCACUGCUCUUUGACGAGCCAUUCUACAAUUUCACUGUCAUGGAAAAUGACAAAGUGGCUGAGAUUGUGGGUGUGGUGUCCCUGCAGCAGAGCUCCUCCCCCUUGUGGUUUGACAUCACAGGUCCCAGGUCUUUCCGUGAGAUGUUCUAUAUUCUGCAGAGCGCUUGUGGCAAGAACUGUUCCUCAGAAGCAGGUGGAAACAGUGACAGUGUUUUUGAUGUAGAGAAGGCUGUGGGCACCAUCAUCAUCGCCAGGCCUCUGGAUGCUGAGCAGCACUCUUUCUAUAACCUGACGGUGCAGGCCACAGACGGCACCAAUACUGCAUAUACCCAGGUUCACAUCACUGUUAUGGACAACAACGACAAUGCUCCCAUCUUUUCCCAACCAACCUAUGAUGUCACGAUUUCUGAAGAUACGCCUGCUGAUACUGAGGUGGUCCAGGUUCUGGCAUCAGACCAUGAUGAGCAUUACCGGCUGACCUAUUCUGUGCAGAGUUCCAUAGACCCCAGCAGCAUGCGACUGUUCCGCAUUCACCCUGACUUGGGCACCAUCUACACUACUCAAAGGCUGGACCAUGAGGCCUGUGCCCAGCACAUCCUCACUGUCUUAGUGAAAGACCAAGAGUUCCCAUACAGAAAGAACCUAGCUCGUGUGCUAAUAGAGGUGGAAGAUAUAAAUGACCAUGUACCCAUUUUUACCAGUGCUCUCUAUGAAGGCUUAGUCUAUGAGUCAGCAGCAGUGGGCUCAGCUGUGAUCCAGGUCACUGCCUUGGACAAAGACAAAGGAGAGAACGCAGAGCUACACUAUUCUAUUGAAGCAGGGAAUACUAGAAAUACGUUCCAUAUUGAGCCAGUUUUGGGCAUCAUCACUGUUGCACGAGACCUGGACUUGUCCAGCAUCGGACAUUAUGUUCUCACUGUCAGAGUCACUGACAAUGGCUCCCCUCCUCUGUCCACCACCACUAUAGUUCGUAUUGUUGUCACCCUCUCUAAUAAUGCUGGCCCAAAGUUCCCACAGCCUGAAUACCAAGCAGAGAUUACAGAGAAUGUGGUGGUUGGAACCUCUGUCACCACAGUCAGUGCAGUCAGCCAGUCUACCCUUACUUAUGACAUCAAGCAGGGCAACACCAAUCAUGUGUUUCAAAUAAAUCAGUACAGUGGAGUGAUUACUACUCAAAAGCCUCUAGACUUUGAAAGUACAGCAUCUUACAGCCUGAUAGUCCAGGCUACCAACAUGGCUGGCAUGGCAUCCAAUGCUACUUUGUUAAUCCAGGUAGUGGAUGAGAAUGACAACCCACCAGUGUUCCAGCAGCUUCACUAUCAUGGUAGCAUCAGUGAGGCAGCACCAGUCAACAGUGUGGUCUUGAACUCAGAUGAUUCACCACUCGUAAUCAGGGCCAUUGAUGCUGACCAUAACCAAAAUGCUCUGUUGGUCUACCAGAUUGUUGAGGACACAGCAAAAAUAUUCUUCACAGUGGACUCAGGAACUGGCUCCAUCAGAACCAUUGCUAAUCUAGACCAUGAGACAUUUGCCACCUUUCACUUCCAUGUUCAUGUGAGGGACAGUGGCAUACCACAGUUGACAGCAGACAGUCCAGCUGAGGUCACAAUACAAGUGAUUGAUACAAAUGACUCACCACCUCACUUCACCCAGAAUGCUUAUGAAACAGUCCUGCUACUCCCUACCUAUGUGGGAGUAGAAGCUUUGCAAGUUUCAGCCACAGACCCUGACAAAGAUGUCCAUACAGAACUCACUUACUCUCUGGCUGAUGGAGUACUGGAACAUUUUGCCAUCAAACCUUCUAGUGGAAUCAUUAUAGUCAAAAACAUCAACUUCUCCAAAGAACGUUUCCGCUUCAGUGUCAAAGUUUCAGAUGGGAAAUUCUCCAGCACAGCACUGGUGACCAUUCUCAUCCGAGAAACUCUAGACUCCGGCCUCAGCUUCACCCAUAACCUUUACACUUCCUCUAUUCAAGAGAAUGUAUCAAAUAUCAGCAAAGUGGCUGUGGUCAAUGCUGUGGGAAACCGUCUCAAUGAACCACUGAAAUACACAUUGCUGAAUGCUGGGGCAUGCUUCACAAUCCGCCCAACUUCUGGUGUGAUCCAAACCACAGGUAUACCCUUUGACCGUGAAGAGCAAGAGUUCUAUGAACUGAUUGUUGAGGCAAGAAGGGAACAUGACCUUUUGCAUGUGGCCAGAGUUAUGGUUAGACUCCAAAUUGAGGACAUAAAUGAUAAUGCCCCUGUGUUUGUUGGACUUCCUUAUUAUGCAGCUGUUCAAGUAGAGGCUGAGCCAGGAUCACCCAUUUUCAGGGUUAUGGCCAUCGAUGGUGACAAAGGGAUUAAUGGACAGGUGUCUUAUUAUCUCAAAGAUGAUCAUGGUCACUUUGAGAUCAACCAGCAAACAGGUGGUCUAAGCCUCAAGAGGGCUUUUGAGUCUGACUUGUCCAGUAUGGAAUACCAGAUGGUGAUAUAUGCCAGAGAUGGCGGUUAUCCACCUCUCUCUUCUCAUAUAGAGUUUCCCAUAACUGUUGUUAACAAAGCCAUGCCUGUCUUUGACAAAUCAUUUUAUUCUGUUUCUGUGAAUGAGGAUGUGGCUGUACACACACCCAUUCUUGGCAUCAAUGCCACUAGUCCUGAAGGUCAAAAUAUCAUUUACACCAUUGUUGAUGGGGACCCAUUUCUUCAGUUUGACAUUGGUUUUGAUACUGGAGUCAUAAGUGUCAUCCACUCUCUGGACUAUGAAGAAGCAGCAUCUUACCACCUUACAAUCAGAGCCACAGACUAUCUGACUGGUGCUCGUGCUGAGGUUGAUGUUGAUGUGGUUGUCCAGGAUGUAAAUGAUAACCCACCUAUCUUCCAGAAAAUGUCCUACAGGGUAGUUUUGUCUGAAACUGCCAUGAUUGGUACUCCGGCACUUCAAGUUAUUGCCACAGACAAAGACUCAGACAAGAAUAAUGGUGUCCGCUACCAAAUCUUCUCAGAUGUGCAUAACAGCACAGAUUACUUUCACAUUGAUAGUAGCAGUGGAUUAAUCUUGACGGCACGUAUGCUAGACCAUGAACUAGUACAAAAGUAUGACUUCAUUGUCAAAGCCACUGAUAAUGGCUUCCCACCACUGAGUACUGAAGUAUCAGUAAUAGUUGUUGUGAAUGACAUGAACGACAACCCUCCAGUUUUCAACCAGCUACUCUAUGAAGCAUAUGUGAAUGAGUUAGCACCCAGGGGUCACUUUGUAACCUGUGUUCAGGCCUCAGAUGCUGACAACUCAGAUUUUGACAAGCUGGAGUACAGCAUUUUGUCAGGAAAUGAAAGAAUGAACUUUGUGAUGGACAAAAAGACAGGAAUCAUUACUCUGUCCAGCCACCGUAAGCAAAGAAUGGAACCUGCUUUCAGUCUCAAUGUCUCAGUGUCUGAUGGGGUGUUCACCGGCACUGCACAGGUUCAUGUUAAGGUGUUGGGGGCCAAUCUGUACAGUCCAGUGUUUGGGCAGAAUAUGUAUGAAGCUGAGAUAAGAGAGAAUGUUGCUGUGGGAACCAAAGUUAUACAGGUGAAGGCAACAGAUGCAGAUCCUGGAGUGUUCGGUCACAUCACUUAUUCCUUUGUUAAUGAUAUAGGCAAGGACCAGUUUAACAUUGAUGCAAGCGGUCAGAUCACUUCUAUAGAAAAGCUUGACCGUGAAGACCCAGCCAGUAAGGACAUUAUAUUGACAGUGGCAGCCCAAGACUCAGGUGGACGUGUCUCCUACUGUACAGUACAGGUUACUCUGUUGGAUGAUAAUGAUAAUGCUCCUCGAUUCUGUGCCACAGAGUACCGAGCUUCAGUCAAAUCUGAUGUGGCUAAAGGUUUUUUGGUGACACAGAUCCAGGCAUAUGAUCCUGAUGAUGGCACUAACGCCAAAGUGACAUAUUCACUUUACAGUGAGGCACAUGUACCUGUGGUGGACAUUCUGGAGAUAGAUCCAGACAAUGGUUGGAUGGUGACUAAAGGCAGCUUCAGCCACUUGAGAAGCUCAGUAUUAUCUUUUUUUGUAAAGGCCGUGGAUGGAGGAAAUCCAGUUCGGCACUCUCUCGUGUCUGUCUACAUUCACGUUCUUUCUUCAGAUGCAUUCAUUCCUUCUUUCAGCCAACAUCAAUACUUACUUAACCUGCCAGAGGAUACCCCAAUAGGUUCAGCCAUAGGGACAGUUGGCCUCAACACUCCCCAUGGAUCUACCUCACUCCGAGCUACUUUUGCCCUGGUUAAUGGAGAGCAUGAAGAAAACAACCAAGAUGCAGUGUUUGUGGUUGACAAGGAUACAGGUGUGAUCAAGCUUGAUAAGGCCUUGGACCAUGAGGUGAUCAGAGGAUAUCACUUCAAAGUCACCGCCACUGUACAACAGGCUAAACUGGAUUCUGUGAUUUCUGUUGAUGUUGAAGUCAAAGUGCUGGAUCUAAAUGACAACAAACCAGCCUUUGAGGCCAACUCCUAUGAGGCCACAGUAAUGGAGGGAAUGUCAGUUGGAACCAGAAUCAUUCAAAUUCAAGCACUAGACCCAGACUCAGGGGCCAAUGGCCAGGUAACAUACAGACUUGGGGCACUGAUCCAGUCAGAGGGGGACUCAGGCACAUUGGCUGGGACUUUUAGCAUUGACAGCAACACAGGGUGGAUUUCCACACGCAAGGACCUGGACCAUGAGUCCAAUCCAUCUUACACAUUCACAGUAUUGGCCUCAGACCUUGGGGAGACGUUGUCUCUUUCCAGUACCACCACUGUGACAGUGGCAGUGUCAGACAUCAAUGACAACCCACCCAAGUUCCUGGAGCAGCACUACUUUGGUUCAGUUCAGGAGAGUGACCCACCAGGCGAGGUAGUGGCUGUGCUGAACACCAGAGAUGAUGACAGCUCUGCCAUUAAUCGACAAGUCAGCUACCACAUCACUGGGGGAAACUACCGUGGUGUGUUUGCACUGGGUCUGGUUCAGGGUGAAUGGAAGAUGUAUGUGAAGGGGCCGCUGGACAGGGAGGAACUCAACCUCUACAUCAUCAAUGUCACUGCUAGCGAUGGACUCUUUGUUUCCCAGGCAACAGUGGAGGUGACAGUGACAGACACUAAUGAUAACAGUCCCAUCUGUGACCAGGCUGUGUACACUGCUUCCAUUCCUGAAGACCUCCCAGUCAACAGUGUACUACUGAGGGUUGGAGCUACAGAUGCAGAUGUGGGUAUCAGUGCCUGGAUCCAGUACUCCUUACAUGGCCCUGGAUCCCAGGACUUCAGCAUGGACCCAGACACUGGUGAGGUCAAGUCAUCUGUGAUUCUGGACCGUGAGAUGACACCCAACUACAGGAUGGUUGCCCAGGCAACUGAUGGUGGUGGGCGGUGGUGCCGUGCUGAGGUGCAGCUGGCAGUGACUGAUGUGAAUGACAACGCCCCCAUCUUCACCCUGUCACAGUACACUGCCAGUGUCUAUGAAGACACGGCCACCAAAGCACUGCUCACCCGCAUUCAGGCUAGAGACCCUGAUGAAGCAGGUCCGGGCCGUAUGGUGGUCUACUCCCUGGCAGACUCUGCAAGAGGUUCCUUCUCCAUUGACAAGUCCUCAGGCAUCGUGGUUCUGGAACGUGUUCUUGAUCGCGAGGUCCAGUCGGCUUAUCAAAUAACAGUUUGUGCUUCUGACCAGGGUUCACCGCUGCCUCUCUCCUCACUGAUUAACAUCACCAUCACUGUGCUGGACAUCAAUGACAACCCACCUGUGUUUGAGCGCCGUGACCAGCUGGCAACAGUGCCGGAGGAUGUGGGAGUAGGAACUGAGGUUCUGAGAGUUAAUGCUGCCAGCAAGGACAUUGGGACCAAUGCUGAGAUCACUUACAGUAUCCGAUCAGGCAACGAGCAUGGAAAGUUUCACAUCCACCCAUUGACUGGUGCCAUUCUAGUUGCCCAGCUUCUGGACUACGAGACCUGUAGGGACUACUUCCUGACUGUGGAGGCUCGUGAUGGCGGCAUGCCACCACUGAGUGCCAUUACUACAGUGAACAUAAACUUGACAGAUGUGAAUGACAACGCACCCAUGUUUAGCCAUGACAUCUACACUGCAGUGGUGUCGGAGGAUGCCACCAUUGGAGAGCCUGUAGUCCAGCUGAUAGCAGAAGAUGUGGACAGUAAACUGAAUGGAGCCAUCCUCUACUCCAUCAUCAGUGGAGACCGAGACAACCAGUUCUUUAUCGACCCACUCAGUGGGGUUAUCAAGGUCAACAAGCAGCUGGACCGUGAGACACUUCCGGGCUACUCGUUGACCAUCAGAGCACUGGAUAGUGGAAUCCCACCUAUGUCCUCCACUGUGAUGGUCAAUAUAGACCUUUCUGACAUCAAUGACAACCCACCCUCCUUCUCCCCAGCCAACCUCACUACUGUCAUACAGGAAAACAAACCAAUCGGCACCAGCAUCCUGCAGUUGUCUGUCAUUGAUCAGGACUCCUCCCACAAUGGUCCACCCUUUGACUUCCAUAUUCUGUCAGGAAAUGAAGGUGGAGAGUUUGUGCUGGAAAAAGAUGGAACACUGGUGGCCAAUCAAGUGUUCAGGAGGGAUCUGGCAACUGAAUAUGUUAUUCAGAUACAGGUGACAGACUCAGGGAAGCCUCGACUGGCCUCUUCCUCUAUGCUGACAGUCAGGGUGAUUGAGGAAAGCCUCCACCGGCCAGUGGCAUUACCACUGGAAGUUCAUAUUGUCACUAUGGAGGAUGAGUUUCCUGGUGGUGUGAUUGGCCAGUUGCAUGCUACUGACGCUGAUCCUUAUGAUGCUCUGACCUUUGGCCAUGCCCCCCCAGCCCAUCGCAGUCUCUUUAAGAUCAGCCCUCAUGAUGGGAAGAUCAUUGCCCUGGGUGGACUGGAUGCAGGCAGGUACUCCCUCAAUGCUAGUGUUAGUGAUGGUCGCUUCGCCAUCCCUGUGCCCGUGAGUGUGCACGUGGAGCAAGCGACACCAGAGAUGCUGCGAGAGGCCGUGACAGUACGCUUUGAGAGCGUGGCACCACAAGACUUUGUGGCAUUGCAUCUGAAGAAUGUGUUGAAAGUGCUGCAGCAGGCUGCCACAUCGCAACAGCAGGACACAAUACACCUGCUCAGUCUGCAGCCGGUCGGUGGGACGCAACAACUGGACAUGCUUGUCGCCGUGGAAACAGCAGAAGGCGGCUACUACAAGGCGGCGUACCUCACCCAGAAACUCAGUGCAUCACGCCGACAGCUGGAGGAGGUUGUCAGAGUAUCAGCUAUUCUAGAUAAGAACUGCUCAGGGUUGGAGUGUCAGGGGGCGCAGUGUGAACAGAGUAUCACCCUGGAUUCACACAACCUAGCUACAUACAGCACCCCGCGAGUCAGCUUUGUCUCCCCACGCUUUCACCGGACCUCACGCUGCACAUGCACUGAUGCCAGCUGUGCUGUCCUGUCACAGCAGUGUGAGGACCAGCCAUGUCCAGCAGACAUGCACUGUGUUUUAGUUGAGGCCACAAGUGGACGUUACGCAUGCCAGUGUCCACCGGGCAAACUGGGAGAGUGUGCAGGCCAUUCGUCUCUGAGUUUCUCAGGUAACAGCUACAUUAAGUAUAGACUGUCUGACUGGCUACAGACGGAGCUGAAACUCAGCCUAAGGAUCAGAACACUGCAGAGCCAAGGAAUCAUCAUGUACACACACACUGAGCCCUGUACUGUGCUCAAGUUGGAAGAAGGGAAGCUGUGGUUCCAGCUGGCCUGUGGUGACAGUACCGACAUGCUGGGCAUCUCCAGCCGUCGUAUAAAUGACGGCGGCUGGCACACAGUGACACUGGAGCUGAAUCGCAACUUCAGCAGCCUGGCUCUGGAUGACAGCUAUGUCGAGCGACGCCAUGGACCUCCAUUCAUAAAACUGCUCGCUCCAGACAGAACCAUCUUCUUUGGAGCACUGGUGCAGCACCCCAACUCUCGCAGCCUCAUUGACUCCCAAAAGGAUUCAGGGGUGCUCGAGGGUUUCCAGGGCUGCCUGGACUCGGUCAUGCUGAACAACAAUGAGCUGCCACUGCAGAACAAGCGCUCACGCUAUGCAGAAGUAGUGGGACUGACAGAGCUGAAGCUGGGCUGCAUCCUCUACCCAGAUGCAUGUCUGCAGCAGCCCUGUCGCAAUGGAGCCACUUGUACCAGCCUGUCCUCUGGUGGGUUCUCAUGCAGCUGUAACCCCCAGUACACUGGAGGACACUGUGAAAUGGAGAUAACAGCAUGUGUUCCCAAUCCCUGUCAGAACGGUGGCGUGUGUAAACCCAUCGGCAGUGCCUUCCUCUGCAGUUGUAGGAGAGGCUUCAAGGGCCCGAUCUGUGAAGAAGAUGUGAAUGAAUGUGACCACGGCAAUCCAGAGGGUGAGUGUGAGAACGGUGGCAUCUGUGUCAACACUCACGGCUCCUUCUACUGUAACUGCACAGCAGGCUUUGUGGGCCAGCGCUGCAGCCUGCGGCCCGUCGUUGUCCCCGACAUGCAAGCAGGUCACACUGUGGUUGGUAAAGAGGAGUUGAUUGGCAUCACUGUGGUGCUUUUUGUCAUCAUCACUCUCAUCAUCCUCUUCAUUGCUUUUCGGAAGAAGGUUUUCCAAAAGAAUUACUCGAGGAAUAACCUGUCUCUAGUCCAGGACCCAGCUACCGCAGCACUCCUUAAUAAGGCUAACGGUAUUCAGUUUAAGACCCUACACUGCACACCAGGAGACCCUCUCAACCUGUACACAGAGCCAGCACUGGGACCCACCGUGGUGGGAGGGGGUGGGAUGAUGGGACCCCCACAGGUCCCUGUGAGGCCCAUGGCAUAUACACCCUGUUUCCAAGGAGAUCCACGGUCCACACUGGAGAAGAUGGCAGAUGGGCACAGUGUGGAGCAUACAGAGAUGAGCACCUUUCAUCCAGAGUCCCCAAGGAUCCUGUCAGGAACCUUGAGGAGAGGGGUGGUGGUGUGCAGCGUGGCCCCCAACCUACCACCAGUGUCGCCCUGUCGCUCAGACUGUGACUCCAUACGCAAGAGCCCAUGGGACAGUGAUGAGGGUGAGUGUAAGAUGGUUGACAUGGGAGAAGAAGUCACCUGUUUCUCAGGGAGCAACAAAGGCAGCAACUCAGAGGUCCAGUCACUGAGCUCCUUUCAGUCUGACUCCUGUGAUGACAAUGCCUCCAUAGUGACGGUCAUUCGACUGGUUAAUGAUGCAGUCGACACAAUCGAAAGUGAAGCAUAUCACUGGGAUACGUCAGACUGGAUGCCAAACACCAGACUGUCAGACAUUGAAGAAGCACCGGGAUACGAGGCAGGUCCUGGCAAUGAAGUAGAAGGCUCAGCCCCCUGCCAUGGAGGAAGCACCCGUGAACUGGAGUCAGACUACUACUUGGGGGGCUACGACAUUGACAGCGACUACCCCCCUCCCCACGAAGAGGAGUUCUUGAGCCAAGAUCAGCUGCCACCUCUGCUGUCAACGGGUGAGGACUAUCCUGAGCCCUACACGCCACUGCCUGCCAACCCACCAGUGUCCAAGGAGAGCACCCUGAGUUCUGGCAGUACCGGGUGUCAGCAUGGAAGGCCACACUUCCAUCCCAGCCAAUACCUGCCUCCCCACCAAUUGCCACUUGGGGACCUGCUGCAUGGGGACUUCAGCACUCCACUAAGUGGAGAAACCCCAGGAAAUGGGGACACUGAUGACUCUGUGUCACAAAAUAUGCGAUUGUCUGUUGGUGCAUCAUCAGCCUCGGACAUGUCAGCCACUUGCGGGCUGGAUGAUUCUGAACAUGGCAGUGACUUUGACAGUAUGGACGAGCUUUGUCGUGGGGUGACCAUCAUCACCGAUUCACAGCAGCAGACUGAGGUGUGAGUGACUGACCAGUAUAGGGCUGUGUGAGGUGUAUAUUGGGUCAAAUGGAAUAUAAUAUAAAUGCAGAUGGAAGGAGAUGCACAAACUGAUGUUAUCACAGGGGAAGAUUUGCUUUGUCAGCUGCUCGGUACUACCAGAACAAUAUACUAUAAGAAUGACCUAAAAACCACGAAUUGAAAACCUAAUUUCUCUUGGUUUAAGUACUGUCCUCUAAUGCAACUGUUAAGAAAUGUGUGUUAAAUUUUUGCAGUACCAUAAACGACAAAAUCAGCAUGCUGUCAGUCCUGUCCCCACAGUGCAGAACAGACAGAAGUGUCCUUUCUCUUCCAAUAGGGAGUCAUUUGUAAUGUGAAAAGCACAGGAUAGAGAAUGUGAAUAAGAGGGUCUAAUUCACAACAGGUCAAAAAUUUACAGAAGUGGUAGAGAAAAUUAGAAAAAGAGAAGGGACAACCACGUAUGUAAAUUAAAGGGUUGUUUGGUUCCCUGCUCCUGCACAGAAGCCCACUGGACCACUUCUUUAUAGAAAAGACACAAAUCUCCAUUUUCCUUUUACCUCCUUAGAUUUGUAAACUUUGUAGCGCUCCAAGCUUGUACAGACUUUGUAAAAUAGUUUGACCUUGCUGGUAAAUAAGUAUGAAAAAUGGUUUUGGCCACAUUUCUAAAAGCCAUUUCU